AUGUCUGGCGUCACCAACAUCCUUCGACGCUACCGGCUGGACAUCUCGGGCCUCACCGACCUCACGUCCGAGGCCAAGGAUCUGCUCACCACCAUUAAUCUAGGCGACGUCACAGUGGUCCUCAACUCUACCACAUCGGCCGAGUGUCUACAGCAGACCAUCGAAUGUCUCAACACGAACUGGCCAAGGAGGGUCACAUCGCUUGCCUUUAAGCUACUCCCCAGGGCAUUUGAUAUACCAGUACUUGGUCUUAUUCUGCCGAUGAUCAAACUUCCCCUGCGUCGCUACAUCAUAAAUAAGGAGGAGGUCGAUGCCACCACAACCAACAAGAAGAAGAAGAAGCAGCCCAGCAACUAUGCCAAUAAUCUAUUGGCACAUAAGAACACACUCACGGCUCUGCAGAUUGCUUGUGGCAAGGACAAUGUCGACCCGACUCUUCAACCAUGGGCGUCGAUCCUCUCGACCAUGUCCAACACAUUGACACUGUUAGAUAUCAACUGUCACCGCAUGGCCGACUUUACAUUCCUGAACAAACUGCGAGCUCUACACAAGCUACGCAUCGGCUUUGUGGACGACUAUGACCCAUACGCUGGUGAUUUGACGCACAACACAGUGCAUCGCUUCACCCAGGCCUAUGCGGCCAACACUGUGAUCAAGACGAUCAAACUUGUCCGGUUCGAAGCCACCAACACGACGCUCAGGCAUAUCAAGCUGUCGAUCUAUCGCUACACAGACAAGAGCGUCUAUGAACAGUUACAGAUGUUCAAGGUACUGAAAGCAAUUGAGUAUCCAGCCAGGACAGUCUUUGUUGAUAACGAUGUGUCGUCGAUGAAUGGUAAUGGAACACCCAUGUCUGUCGGUGCCCUGGCUACAUUACCUCUGUCUUUGGAACGUUGA